GGGUGGGGGCAGAGGUGAUUGGUGAAUGCACCAAAACAUGUGUGGACACUUUUAGCCAUUUGCCUACUUGCUCUUUUCAAGUUCGUCCUCAGUGCAGGUCAACAGAGCAGGAAGAACUGCCUCAACAUGGCUGCCUUCCUUCACCACUGCCCUUUCUUCAAGUCUGCCACAAAACCAGCUUGGAUGAGAUCAAGUCCAUUGGUGUCUUUGGCCAAUCAAUGUCCCAUCAUUGCACGUCAGAUCAGCAUCUACGGGUCGGCCUCGACGGAGGCGAAUCUGAUCACCUGCCCCGCCAGUACCGACUGUCGCCAGUUCCCCAUGGCGGAACAACGGAGGAUGUUCGCUCAAACGGCUCCUCAGGUGGUGGAGACGGCGACGUCCAAGACGUGCCCUUUCGUCACCUCUCGCAUUGGGAUGGUCCGAGCCAGCCCUGAAAUGCAGGAGGAUGUCCGAGAGGGUGUGAUGAUUUCUCUGUUGAAGGAGUUAAAGGAGUCUGUUUUCCCCAAAUUACCUCAAGAAAACACUGUCACGCACCUCCUCAAAGACAACAUGGUUGGACCCAGUUAUGAUUACGACUACUUCUUCUCCGAGAAGAUCGCUGAGAAAAAGAGGGACCACACCUACAGAGUCUUUAAGACUGUCAAUCGGAGCGCUGGCACGUUUCCUUUUGCUGAGGAUUACUCUUUGUCGGAGCGCGAAGGGUCCCAAGUGUCGGUGUGGUGCAGCAACGACUACCUGGGGAUGAGUCGGCACCCCCGGGUCCUCAGUGCAAUCAGUGAGGCCUUGUGCAGACACGGCGCAGGAGCAGGAGGAACCAGGAACAUCUCAGGUACCAGCAACUUUCACGCGUCUCUGGAGAAGGAGCUGGCCCAGCUCCACCAGAAGGAUGCCGCACUGGUCUUCUCUUCCUGCUUCGUGGCAAACGAUUCCACCCUCUUCACUUUGGCCAGAAUGCUGCCAGGGUGUGAGAUCUACUCUGAUGCUGGGAACCACGCCUCAAUGAUUCAGGGCAUCAGGAACAGCGGAUCCAAACGUUUCAUCUUUCGCCACAACGACAGUCGACACCUGGAGGAGCUUCUGCGGCGCUCGGACCCGAAGACGCCUAAAAUAGUGGCGUUUGAGACGGUGCAUUCAAUGGAUGGUGGCAUUUGUCCCUUAGAGGAGCUGUGCGAUGUGUCUCACCGUUACGGAGCGCUGACCUUUGUUGAUGAGGUUCAUGCCGUCGGCCUGUACGGGGCCCACGGAGCUGGAGUCGGGGAGCAGGACAAUGUAAUGCACAAGAUUGAUAUCGUGUCUGGGACUUUAGGCAAAGCCUACGGCUGUGUGGGAGGCUACAUUGCCAGCAGCGCCGCCCUGGUGGACACAGUGCGAUCAUUUGCAGCCGGCUUCAUCUUCACCACCGCCCUGCCACCCAUGGUCCUGGCCGGAGCCCUGGAAUCCGUGCGGAUCCUCCAGGGCCCCGAGGGUCAGUCCCUACGCAGAGCCCACCAGAGGAACGUCAAACACAUGAGACAGCUGCUGAUGGACAAGGGCCUACCUGUUGUCCACUGUCCAAGCCACAUCAUCCCCAUACGGGUGGGCGACGCAGAGCUGAACACCAAGGUGUGCGACAUCCUGCUAGAGAGACACAACAUCUACGUGCAGGCCAUCAACUACCCCACGGUGCCUCGUGGAGAGGAGCUGCUGCGCCUGGCUCCGUCUCCUCACCAUCAGCCUGCCAUGAUGGAGUACUUUGUUGAGAAACUGCUGGACGUUUGGCAGGAGGUGGGGCUCAAGCUUACCAACCCCACGGCAGCUUCGUGCACUUUCUGCGACCGCCCGCUGCACUUUAACCUCAUGAGUGAAUGGGAGAAGUCCUACUUUGGAAACAUGGAGCCCCAAUACAUCACUGUGUCUGCAUAGAGGACACGGAAUCUUACCAGCAACAUAAGCAGUCAUUUCAUAUUUACUUUUAAUUCAUUUUUGCUUUCUAUUGACUUGAGGAUUAUAAGUGUCAGCCUCUUACAUAUCACGAUUUAGGAUUGUAUAGUUUAUUCAUGUUUCAUGAAUGACAGCUUGCAGUUUGCAGAUGUGGAUAUGAUGGGAAUUAUGCCUCUCCUAGUUUAAAAGCAUAAAUCCUGCACAUUGGGCACUUUCUUAUCUAGAUGUGUUGGUUUGAAUUAAACAAAGUUGUGUGACUUCCUUCGUGUUGUAUGAUGGAACUUUUCUAUUUGGCUUCCACUUCUACAACCAAAUCAGUCCACAAACUGACAUCAAGGUGUCAAGCUGAUGCAUGCCCUUGGUUCAUUAAAAAAUGUAGACCUGGAAUCUCUCUAAUAACCUCUAACAGUCUUGCAGUUAUUUUCUUUUCUAAGGCACUUUCGCAGGCACAUGAAAUAAAGGAGGAAAAUGUACUGGAAACAUAAUAAAUUACAGUUGAACGCCAAAUACAUAAUUAACUUUGAAACUCUGAAUAGUGUAUUUUGUGUUAAAAUAGAAACAUUUUAGGCGCGUUUGUGGGAAAUAGCCAUCCGUAGUCGCCAAUAGUAAGUCUGGGAACACACUAUUUGGUUUGCUUAGCCAGUAUUCAUUUUAAAUUUCUAAAUGAAAUAAAGUGAGAAUGUACGUACAAACUUGAGACUGGUCUUGAAUUCUUUGCAGUUGUCAAGACGUAAGACUUGAUAGAAAUAAUUAAUUCAAUGCGGUAAUGAAUUUGUAUGUGCAUGUGCCCAGAAAUGCCUUCUUGAGCUGUUCGACAGACAGCAACAGUUUGAAAUCAUUAUCGUCUUGGUGCGUACCGUCUCGAAGCAACAAAAGUUGAACAAAAUAUCAAUGUUACACAUAUAAGAUGUCAUUCGUUUGGAUAAUUGAGUUUUUGCAUUGGUUCGUUGCAAAGAACAAUUGCAUUAGCGACUCGAGCGACCACUUCUUCCAAACGGGUGAUAAGAUGGCAAGGGUACAAGGACUGUGUGGACUCUAAAACACGAGAACGCUCUUGGAAACUUUAAAUGGGCUCUGAUUUCCUCUCCAAGGUUUUGGGAUCCACUUGUUACAUUUUUCCACGGACUCCCUCUCACUUCUAACACCAAUUAAACAUACAGAUAACUACCAUGGAGGCUAUUUUCUUUUGAAAUUAAGUAUCAAUUACUUCUGUUCAAAAUAAAGGGAAAAUACAGAAGUUUAGUUGAAUUGAAUUAGAUGUAAUUAUUAUUGCCAGGUGUUGUGCUGGUUUACAAAAGCAGUCAGCCUUACCAACUUAGUGAUUUGGUCGCUAUAUUUAGUGACUUUUCUGACUGUGGAGCAUCUGUAUUUUGUUUUUUCAAUGACUAAUCAGUUCAAUUCUUGCUAAGAAACAGCUAACACGAACAUAAUCAUUUUCACAUUAUGUUCAAUAUGACAAUGGCCUGGGGGAAGGGAAUCACUGAGUCAUUCAUGCUAAACAUGGCCAUCUUUACCCCCUCCCAAGAAAGUGAUUUAUCCACAUUGAUACUUUUGAAGUGGACUACUGAGCACAUCUUCUGUUCUUAGGACCGGUGUUCAAAUCCCAUCCCCAUCUGUGUGGUGUUUACAUUUCAUCACCCUGCCUGCGCAGAUUUUUGCCGGGUACUCUUGCUUCCUCCCACAUCCGAAAAACAUGCAUGGCUUAUAUGCAUGUGGGAAAGGAGAGCCACAGUCACGGAUGCACUUUCCUUCUCUUCACUGACAGCAAGGAGAAUAGAAAAGGCUUCUUGGAACUCAUGCGGGCGGCAACCGGCGUCCACCACUCUGCCACGUUUGGGAACUGAGGACACAAAUUGUUGAAGUUUUGUAGGUGGAAUUCUUUCCUGUUUUUGCUUGCUAUCCAACUUCACCUGCUCAACAGUCUGGGUUUUCUGUUGUCAUAUUUUGCACAUGCUAAUGUGCCACACAUUUUCAGUGGGAGACAAGUCUGGACUGCUGGCAGGCCAGUCGAGCACUCACACUCAUUUACGACUUCGCCACACUUUUCUGACACAUGCAAAAGUGGUUUGGAACUAAAAUAAGGAGGGAGGUUCCUGAAAAAUAUGUUACAUGGAUGUGAGAGUAUUUCCAAAAAUUCCUGCAAUAUUUUUUUAGAUACACUAUUCCUUUUAUAA